GUUUUUAUCCUGGUCAUGUCAAUACAAAGGGUAAAGGGCAUAAUAACUUGGAAAGCUCUCCUUCUUUAAACACUACAGAUAUCAAAAAGAACCAUCAAUAUCCGACUUAUCCUUACAAUGAUACCUCAUUUGCGUUCGGCGACGAAAAUUACGUUGCAUGGGGUUCAGAUCAUCAAGUACCCGUGUCAAAGGAAGAAAUAGAAAAUAUUUUCAUUGAUUUGGCCAAUAAAUUUGGUUUUCAAAAAGAGAGCAUGCGCAACAUGUACGUUCACCUCAUGUGUAUGUUAGACUCGAGAGCUUCGCGAAUGCCUCCAUCUCAGGCUUUGUUAACUCUUCAUGCUGAUUACAUUGGUGGAGAAAAUGUUAAUUAUCGGAAGUGGUACUUUGCCACUCGUAUGGACAUGGAUGAUGAUUUGGCCGAUGCAAGAAGUGGAAAAUAUACUCCAGAUCUGAAAGGAGAUAAUCUCAAAGAAAAAUGGAAUCAGCGAAUGAAUCAGAUGUCACACGAAUGCUUGUGCUUUUUAUUUAAGCUUGCUGACGAUUACGCAAAGAGUCCUGAUUGUAAGUCAAAGGUUCAACCCAUUCCUGAAGGAGAAUAUCUGCGAAGCAUUGUGACUCCACUGUAUCGUUACAUUCGUGAUCAGGGAUAUGAAGUAAUCGGAAAAAAAUUCGUCAAGAGGGAAAAAGAUCAUGCUGAAACGAUAGGUUAUGAUGAUAUUAAUCAAUUGUUUUGGUAUCCCGAAAGACUACAUCACAUACAUGGGAAAUGA